CUCAAGUCACCCGAGAUGAAAAAAAAAGUAGCUAAAAGAUGAAAAAUCAUCCAUUUAAUAGAUCAACCCAUAUAGUUAAACUAGCCAUGAUAACCAAAUAUUUUUCUAAAGUUGUGGUGAAAUUCGAUCCUUUCAAGGCCAGUGCGAAGCCUGCUAGGCUUUUCCUUUCGAGUAUUCCAUCGUCGAUGAGAGGAGCAUGUAUAAUAAAUCAUAAAGUUUUAUCUAAAAGUUCUCCAGCUAGCGAAGUACCAAUAAUUGAAGUUACUUAUAAAGAUAAACAUGUUUUAAAAGUUGAUCCAGAAAAAAUGAAGUUCGAAGAAGUUAGAGAUCAAUUUGAUAUUCAUUCAAGAAAAUUAUUACUUCAAGAUGCAAUUUCCGAAUAAUCUAUAUAUCUAUUUUCAAAUCUCUUUAAUUCUAUGUACAUAUAUUUCUUAAUAAACUUU